ACAAAAAGACAGCCUCGAUGUCUCUGAGGCCUGAGUGGCGUCAUCACUCUGGGUCCUAGCUGGGGAAAACGUGGAGCGCCUCCGCAGCAGUGUGAAGUGGAGGUGUGAUCAAAAAUAACUUCUAGCGUCACAAAGACUCACUGACAGACACUGACUGACCUGUCGACUUGGCAAAGAUGGAGUACAUGCAAGCUCCUGCCACAAGCAGCCAGGGGAACAUCCUGUGCUGUACCUGUGGCGUCCCUAUUCCCCCCAACCCAGCCAACAUGUGUGUUGCUUGCCUUCGUACUCAGGUCGACAUCUCCGAGGGAAUCCCCAAGCAAGUCACAGUGCAAUUCUGCAAGCAGUGUGAGAGGUACUUGCAGCCUCCAACCACCUGGAUGUCGUGUGCCCUGGAGUCCAGGGAGCUGCUGAGUCUGUGCCUGAAAAAAGUCAAGAGCUCCAUGUCCAAAGUGCGUCUUAUUGACGCUGGCUUCCUGUGGACAGAGCCACACUCCAAGAGGAUCAAGCUGAAAUUGACCAUACAGAAAGAGGUGAUGAAUGGUGCUAUCCUGCAGCAGGUUUUUGUGAUCGAGUUUGUCAUCCAGUACCAGAUGUGUGACGACUGCCACCGCGUGGAGGCCAAGGAUUUCUGGAAGGCCGUGGUGCAAGUGAGGCAAAAGACUGCCCAUAAAAAGACAUUCUACUAUCUAGAGCAGCUGAUCCUCAAGCAUAAACUCCACCAGAACGCCCUCAACAUCAAAGAAAUCAAUGAGGGGAUUGAUUUCUACUACAGCACCAAGCAGCACGCUCAGAAGAUGGUUGACUUCCUCCAGUGUACCGUGCCCUGCAGGUCAAAGACAUCCCAGCGCCUCAUCUCUCAUGACAUCCACUCAAACACGUUCAACUACAAGAGCACCUACUCUAUGGAGAUUGUACCUGUCUGCAAGGACAAUGUGGUGUGUCUUUCACCACGUCUUGCACAGAGCCUGGGGAACAUGGGUCAACUAUGUGUGUGCACCCGUGUUACCAGCACCAUCCACCUCAUUGAUCCAAAAACCCUACAGAUUGCUGAGGUGGACGGGAACACAUAUUGGCGUAACCCCUUCAACAGUCUCUGUAACCCACGGCAACUGGAGGAGUUUAUCGUUAUGGACAUUGACAUCAUCAGGGACCAGAAACUUGGAGCUGGAGCAGGCUUGAGGUCCAAUAAGCACACCCUGGCUGAGUUGUGGGUUCAGAAAACAUCAGAGAUGGACACCAGUCAACAGUAUCACUGCCGUACAUUCCUGGGCCACCUGCUCAACAUUGGAGACCUGGUGAUGGGGUUUGACUUUGCCAAUUCCAACAUCAAUGAUGAGCACCUGAAUAAGAUGAACCCUCACCACCUCCCUGACGUGGUGCUGAUCAAGAAGAGCUACGACCGCAGCAGGAGGGCGAAGCGCAGGAACUGGAAACUGCAGGAGAUGUCCAAAGACCGUGAGGGCAUGGACACAGAUGAUGAGAGACAAUACCAGGACUUCCUAGAGGACCUGGAGGAGGAUCCGGCUCUGAGGAAGAAUGUCAACAUCUAUAGAGAUGUGUCAAAGAUCCCAGUGGAGAGCGACACUGACGAUGACGGAGCACCGCGUAUUUCCCUGACGGAGAUGCUGGAGGAGCUCAGCCUAUCGGACGCCACCGGCGGAGAGGGUGCCGACAUGAUGACAGAGUAGCCAGUCGCUAACCACCCUGUCAACCACAGGUCCACUGAUGAUCCAGUAAUACAAAUACAGACCCCCCUGAUUUUCAACUGACAGAAGAUUGACUUUUUUCAUCCUAAAAAAAAAAGCCCCAGUUCCUUUUGCAAUGACUUGUUAAAGUAAAAAUCCAUAAACUGUGGAUUAUAACGGUGCCACUUGGUAACUGGACUUUCAUGUACUGGACCUGCAAUAUUAGGAUUUUCACCUAUUUCAUUAGUUCUCUUAUUCCCUUUGUGGUGUAAAAUUUUUGGUGUGAAAAUGGAGUGCUUAUAGCUCACUAUAUCAAAAAUAAAUAUCUGACCUUAUUCACACUUUCAUAGGUACUUUCUGAUCAGAGAUGAGAUUUGAUUUUUAAGUGUGUUUUUGUUGAUAUCCACCAGAGGGAGCGUAGGACCAUUAAGACAAGUGAAGUAAGUCAUAAUUUGCAGUAAGCUGAAGUCUGUUUAAAGGUUUCAUUUGGCAACUGUGGACAAUAUUGAAAUACUCACCACAUGCAAUAGCGUUUUACUAUGAGUGCUGAUUGUGUGUUAGACUUACAAACACCUCAAGAGCCGUUUGAAAUGACCUAAUGAGCAGAUUUGAUAUCACACUGUUCUGAUGAUUUCUGAUCGUUUUGGGAAUGUAAUACCAUGACAUUUGCACACACUCAUAUUUCCUCACUGCUUUAAUCCAAACUAUAGUUUAAAUAUAAAAGAUUCAAGAUUG